AAAGAGGAGUCUCUUUUGUGUCGCAUAUUAUAGGAGCCAUAUGGUGUGGUAGUUCAUUUAAAUUAAUUUUUUUGUUUAUGACAUGAUCACCUUCAUCGCGCACGUUCACUGUUAUUCAUCGUGAAGCACAACAAACCAUCGCGUAUAUUAACUUUGGCUUUGAAGUUUGUUGUUCUACAAAAAAAUAAUAAUUUUAAACGAGAUGGGUGAUAAUUUUCGAGUCAUUACAUCAGACUAUGUGAGGGUGAAUGUUACAAACUCCCAAAAUUCGGCCGUAUCUUUGGAACAAAAAUUUGCAAAGAGCUUAACGAUUGAAGAAUUGAAGAACAAACUUGAGAUUAUAACUGGAGGAUGUGCAUCCAGCAUGCAACUGGAUCUCUACAAUGGGGACAAAUUUAUUGCUAAGCUAGAGGACGGCACAAUUCUCGGUUCAUAUCCCAUAGAAAAUGAUAUGCGGAUACAUGCCAUUUACAGUAUAUCAUACAUUGCCGAAAAUGUGCCCAAAUUCGAAAUGAGCGACGAACAGUACAAAGACAAACAGAAUACCGUUCGCGAUUUCUUGAAGAAAAACAAUUUGGGAAAGUACAAUGAGGAAGAGCAGAAGAAAAUGGCCGAACGGAAACGGAUCCAAGCGGAAGAGGAAGCACGACUAGCUAGCCUAGCAACAAUUGGUUCCAGGUGUUUGGUGACCGCUAAAGGUCCACGUCGCCUAGGCACCGUCAUGUACAAUGGACCGUUGGACGGAAAGAGUGGCAUUUUUAUUGGCGUGAAAUUUGAUGAGCCGUUGGGUGUGAACGAUGGAACUGUCAACGGAAAGAGGUACUUCGAAUGUCCACCAAAGUAUGGCAGUCUGGUUCCAGUGUCUAAUGUUACAAUCGGCGACUUCCCACCGGAGAAUUAUGAUGAUGAACUUUGAAAUGGACACACAAUUUAUGGCGUUUUUUUACGUUUCCUAACUAAUGGGUUAACACGCACGCAAUAUAAUUGCUUCAAUGUUUUGAGAAAUCGCAUUCCUUGAUGGUACUAAAAAUUCUAAACAGAAAAUAAAAUCGAAGUUUUUGUGU